AAGGCUCUAGGCUACAGUGACUGCAGGCUUUACAGAUGGAGAGGCUCUUGAAGGAGCUUAGCUUGGCUUCCAAGCUCCUGGGUGAUUUUAAGGAGAUGUAUGAGUAUGAGAACCGUUUGAAAACCUUCACCAAGUGGCCUUUCACAGAGAACUGCAAGUGCACCCCUGAGAACAUGGCGAAGGCAGGCUUUGUCCACUGUCCAGAUGCAAAUAAAUCAGAUGUGGCAAAAUGUUUCUUUUGCUUGAUGGAACUGGAGGACUGGCAACCAGAUGAUGACCCACGGGAGAAACAUGCCAAACAUCACAAUUGUGGCUUUUUAUCCCUUACUAAGCACUUUGAUGACUUGACAAUGGAAGAGUUCUACAUGCUGGAGAUGACACGGCUGAGAACCUUCCUUUGCAAAACUGGCAGAAGCAUAAUAAACUCUUUUGAGGAGGAGGUCAGUGCAACUAGGCAGCGCCUUAUGGAUACCUUUGUCUCCAAGCACCAGUAUACACCACCUGCACCGGUGCCUGUCCAUCAUACUUCCUCUGUCCAGCAUUCCAAGAGCUCCUACUGCCAACCAGAAAAAAACCCAGAGAAGUGAAGUGCAAAGCCUGACUCAAAAGACUUCUGGGGUAAUUAGUGUUUUUUUAUCCAUUGCUACUAUAAAGCUAAAGAGCUAAGGAAGUGUGGAUAAUUCCUUCCCCUGGCUUCCUGGGACAGAAGUUAGAAAUGUUUAUGCUAACUCCUAUCUUAAUGUGCUUUGUCGUCAGGGCUGGUGGUGGAGGACUAAUUCUAGCCAUGCUAACCUGUGAAGACAUAAUGUCUGAGGCAAUGCUUUUAUUGUGGUUUCUAGAUUAACUUCCUUGGAAUAAAGAUUCACAACUGUGAGCUUC